CGACUUGCUCCAAACGUAUAAAAGAACGCAAGCAACAAACAAUGUGUUGUGUUUUUUGCUAAACACUAACCAUGUUCUAGCGAUAAUUUGUGAAAGCUGCUGUCUUUACUGAUUAAGUAUUCAUUUAGAGACAAUAUUCUUGCAGUAACUCUGAAUUUUAAAGAUGUCAGAUAGGCAGGAAUUGCAGAAUAAUAACCGUGACAAGUUCAGGUUUGCCAUCGAUCGAGGCGGCACUUUCACAGACGUUUACUCAGAAUGUCCAAACGGAGAGGUAAAGGUGAUGAAGCUGCUGUCUGUGGAUCCUGCAUAUCCCGAUGCUCCAAGGGAAGGAAUAAGAAGAAUUCUGGAGCAGACAACAGGAAUAAAGAUGCCAGCAGACCAACCAAUUGAUCCAAACUAUAUUGAAUGGAUCAGGAUGGGAACUACAGUAGCUACUAAUGCUCUGUUGGAACGGAAAGGAAAACGAAUGGCUCUUGUUAUUACUGAAGGAUUCCAUGAUCUGUUGCACAUUGGUAACCAGACAAGACCCAAUAUAUUUGAUUUGAAAGUAAUUUGUCCAGAAGUGUUACAUGACGAUGUUAUAGUCGUCAAAGGAAGACUGGUUUUAGUGCAAGGUGACAGUGAGAUUCAAAGACCAGAAAAUUGUAAAAUUGUUACUGGAAGUACUGGAGAAAAGCUUGAAGAGUGGGAAGCAUUGGAUAAAGAUCAGCUUAGAAAAGAUCUGCAGAGAGUCCUCAACAAAGGAAUCAAGAGUUUAGCUGUUGUACUGAUGCACUCUUACAUGUAGGUUUUUAUAUAUGUAAUACAGUAGGUAGAAUUAUUUUUACAAUCAUUAUAGUAGUAGUAUUAUAUUCUUAGGUAAUUUAGUUUAAUAUUUAUAAUCAAUUGUACAUACAUUUUUACUUUGUUAUUUUACUUUCUUGGUGCACCUGUAAACUAGCUGGUGCGACCUGUAGACUCUGCGUAAUUAUUAAGUCUAUGGGACACACCAUUACCUAUACAGCUAAGUGUGUUGUCUAAGUAAAAUAAGCUGUCUAUGUCUAUGUCUAUUGUCAGUGCAGGUACAUGCAAGCCUGAAAAACAAACACAGAGUUGAUGAAUUGUAAAAUCUGAGAUUCACCAAGAAGUUGAGACCCCUUUUGAAAAUCCAAAACUGAGACAUAAUGAGUUUAUUUUUCAGAGGCAAAUGAAACAUAGUAAAAUGAGUCUUUACAACUCAUCACUUGGAUCAAAACUCUCUAAGACCCAAGAUGUUCUAGUCACAACAACAACCCUGAGAGAAUUCAAAAGUGUAUGUUAACCUGGCUGCAGCCAAUCACUUUUACACUGAUAGUUUGAAUUGGAGCUAGAGUGCCUCUCACUGCAAAUACAGCCUUUGCAGCUUUGACUCUUAUUUAGCUUCAAACAUAGUUACAAAUUAGGAAUUUUUGUGUUUAGGCAAUGGCUGUGAGUGACAUAUAUAUUCCAAGUAAGGUAAAAAAUGUAAAGUCUGCAGAAGAGCCAAGUGGCUCAUCAGGCAGGAGUUAAUAUCGCGGUUUUUGUAGCAUGAAGUGACUAGGAGUAUUU